AUGUUAAGCACUCGACGCAAACGUCACCGUGACCGGCUCGAGGCCCUCGCUAACCUGUUGUUCAAGCAGCCGGAUCCGCCGUGCACGUUGCGCACUUCCUGCAGCGUCCGUGUCGGCCGCUGGAGUGUCAACUCUGCCUUCUCCACGUCGCCAGCAAUUUUCCAGGAACUUGGCCUUGGCCAAUUCGCCCUUUUGUUCGGUCAGACGAGAUUCGGCAUUGGCGCAAAGGCUGGUCAGUACUUGGAUCACAUCCGAGGUGGAACACUGCGCUCGUGCGAGGAAAGCUACGUUUUCUUCAAGCAGGUCGGUGACCUCGAAGCCAAGGCUGGACGCCAAUGUUCUCCUCCACAAGCCGACGUCGGGAUCGAAGGGCAGCUUCUGAUUCGAUACGAGAAACGAGGCAAUGAUGAAUACGAAGACACCACAGUCAAUUUCGUUGCUUUGCAAGGGGCAUGGGCGCCGCCUGAUUCUGCUGUGAUACCGAGAGUUCGCCAGAAGAAGAAGCUUAAGAUAGCCACUGAGUAG